ACCACCCCACAAACCCCAGGUUCAGUUGCCAUGACCAUCGUCAUUGGCUUCGAGGGCAGUGCCAACAAAAUCGGAGUUGGUAUCGUCAGGGAUGGUUUGGUGCUGUCCAAUCCGAGGAGGACGUACAUCACGCCACCGGGACAAGGCUUCCUCCCCAGGGAUACGGCGAAACAUCACAGGGACUGUGUCCUCGAUGUGACAAGGGAGGCGUUGGAAGAGGCAGAUGUCAAACCGGAAGAGAUUGACUGCAUUGCCUACACCAAAGGACCCGGCAUGGGAGCCCCCCUGGUCUGUGUCGCUGUGGUGGCCCGGACCUUAUCGCAGCUGUGGAAAAAGCCGCUGCUGGGGAUUAAUCACUGCAUUGGGCACAUAGAGAUGGGCCGAUUGAUCACAGGAGCGAAAAACCCCACGGUGCUGUAUGUCAGUGGAGGUAACACGCAGGUCAUCGCUUACUCGGAGCGGCGCUACCGAAUCUUUGGUGAAACCAUCGACAUCGCGGUGGGGAACUGUUUGGAUCGAUUUGCCCGGGUCCUGAAGAUCUCCAACGAUCCCAGUCCAGGAUACAACAUCGAACAAAUGGCGAAGAGGGGGACAACGUUUGUGGAUUUGCCCUACACAGUGAAGGGCAUGGAUGUCUCGUUCUCAGGAAUCCUCUCCUACAUCGAGGAGGUUGCACAGAGCAAGAUAACAGCUGGACAGUGUACAGCGGAGGAUCUAUGCUACUCGCUCCAGGAGACGGUAUUUGCCAUGUUGGUGGAGACCACGGAGAGAGCAAUGGCCCACUGUGGAUCCCAGGAGGUGCUGAUCGUCGGAGGGGUCGGCU